AUGUCAAGCUACUUACAGGCUGUUGCCGUUCACAGCUUAACUUGUGCACUCACUGCUGGAAACUUUACCUUGGAUUUGGUGGGCUUAAAACGAGUACUUGAAAUGAGAAUCUACUCUGGUACUACCGUCCCUUUGUCGUCGCUGUCGUCUCGCUACUACUUGAGAGCUGACCGGAAAGAUCAGCUGCGGGUGAUCAACAUCUUUGACGCUCAGGGCAAUCGGGUGUAUUCUAUUGAACGAAUUUCGGGCUAUAAUCCAGUUUGGAGUUUGUUCACCUACCCUCAACGUCGCGAAGUUGCAACCAUUAAUACUGGGUUCCUCGCAAGAGCGGUCGACUUCCAUAACAAACCAGGAAUGACUCAUCGUGAUUUGACGUCGGAAUACGGGCUUGGAGGAUGUUUCCAGUCUUUUUACGUCGAUGACGGUGUGAGGUAUUCGUGGUCUCGUUCGUCAAAAUUUCUUGAAAAAGUGCUCAACCCCAACCAACGCACCGAAGAAGUACGAACCCAGAUCUCCAAAGUCCGCUUGAUGCGCCAGUUCAAACUCGACUUUGAAAUCCUCGUGGACGAAACUGCCAUUGAUCGCGAAGUGGUGUUUUCCACGGCUUUUGUGUCGAUCUUGACUCAAUGGGGCUACGGCGAAAUCACCAAUACUGUGGGUCCCACUGCCACCAAUCCUGUGGUCGAAGCUCCAGUUGCAAAUGAAGAGCGCCAACCACUUGUAGUAGUCGUCAACUCGGAGAACUUGAAAGUGGAGGAAAUAAGCUAG